UUUCACAGAAAAUCGUCGUGAACGGGCAGUCAGAUACGCGAAGAAGAACAACAAUCUUCCCUUAACGGGAAGUUACCGCCUACGGACAAAUAGUAGCCACUUUUCCUCAUCAUCAUUUACAUUCGUCUGGUCCCGUAUCUUACACCAGCGGCGCAGAACGACCACGAUGGCCCAUAUAUCCACUACCGAAAAGCCGCAGAUGCAGCAAAUCGAUCUUAACACGCUAAAUCUGCAGCAAUUGACUCAGCUGAAAAAUCAACUAGAUCAGGAAUUAUCAGUCUUUCAAGAUUCCUUGAAUAACAUCAAGAUGGCUAGAUCGAAAUAUUCCGCCUCGAAGGAAGCACUGGAACAGCUGAAAGAGGACUGGAACGAUAAGCAAAUUCUAGUACCAUUGACGGGGAGCAUGUACGUACCCGGCACGAUAAAGGAUGCGAACAAUGUCAUCAUUGAAAUUGGCACCGGGUACUACGUAGAGAACGAUCUCGAUAGCGCGAAGGCCUUCUUCAAGCGGCGUGUCGAGUACGUGCAGGAACAGCUAGAAAAGAUCGAAACGAUUGGCAUCGAAAAGUCCAAAAUCCGUGACACGAUUCGCGAGGUAAUGGAGAAAAAACUGGCAAUGUUUAGCAAAGAGAUGCAAAAGAAGCGCGAAGGCGAAUAGUCAGCACCAACGUCGAAUAGACGCGAACCGUUCGUUAGAUUAUCAUCCGUGGGGAGUUCAGCUGUACGUGUGUGUUCGCGAGGAGACUUAAUAGAAAUCUAAACAAAGCAUAACCGAUCAACCGCUAAUCAUGUAAGCAAACCAAAGCCCGAUGGUUUAUUUUCUCUUGGUAUUUUCUGGUUCAUUUCCAUUUCGUCGGGUAUUUUCAUCCUGUAAUCUUUACACCGCGCCUUAAGUUAAGCGUUGGAACCCGACGCUGCAUUUACGCAAUAAUAAAUUAACCAAACGAAACGAG